UGCACACCUGCAAAGUUAGCAGAAGCAGGAUUUUAUCAUUGUCCUUCAGACCAGGAGCCCGACCUCGUGCGCUGUUACGUCUGCCACAAGGAACUGGAUGGCUGGGCACCAGAAGAUGAACCUUGGAGUGAGCAUGUGAGUCAUUCAAAAGCCUGCCCAUUCGUAUUGCUGAAGAAAAAUGAGAAUCGGAUGACAAUGGAGGAAUUUUUAAAGCUCGAGACAGAGAGGCAGUGUUGGAAGUUGAACAAGGAAGUAAAAUCAAGAAUAGAAGAAUAUAAAAUGCAGGCUAAGGAUGUGCGAGAAGAAAUGGAAAAGCUCGUUAAUGUAUAACCAACAGACCAAAGCAUGUAUAAAAAAUCAAGCAAUUGAUGAGAAUGCACUAUGAUGAAUUAAUUUCACCGUAUGCAACUAUACUUGCACACGUGAUGGAUUGAAUUACUUGGAAAUCAUUUUUCUACAUUGCUAGUAAUGGUAAUGCAUGUAAAUACUUUUACGAAGCCUACGCAUGCGAGAGGUACUGCGAAUAGUUUAUUUCAAAAUAGCUUAUGAUAGUUGACUACACAGAUUGUCAUGGUGAGGUUUUAAAGGGCUGCUUAGAUUUUAAUAACACAUUAAUAUUGUCUUUAACACAAUCAGUAAGUCCUUGUAAGUUUACAUAAUAUAUUAGGAUAGUCCUUAUUACUUACUUAAUUAGUACAGAGCAUUCUGUGUAUUAUAAAAAAUACAGUGCUAUAUUUUCGACGUUUACUAAAAAAUUACUGUGAAACCUUU